AUGCCGGCCGAGAGGCGCUCUUUGAGAUCGAACAGCAAGUCAGAUACCUCUUCGUCUGCUAACGGUGACAAGGGUCGCUCUACCUCGCAGAGCUCCAGCUCCAACAAGGACAAGCCCGCGCUUACCCGCGCCGCUGCCAACAAGGCCAAGUCGUCCAAAGCUGCUUCAUCGAACAACAGCGCGUCCAACUCCGGGAUGGGCGAACAGCGAGAACAGCCGCAAACCAACGGCUCCGAUCCGACGGAGAAUGGCGUGAAUGGCUCUGAGGACGUGGAGAUGGGAGAGGAUACGGCAGGUGGGCCUACAUCCUCAUUCAACGCCAGCAAGGAUCGGAAAGGUGACGAGAAGAUGACUGUUGUAGUGCCCCCCACCAAGGGUUCGAGGCUAUCCGGCGAUAAAGGCCAGGACCAGGAAGGUGAUGUCGCGAUGGAGGGUGCCGAGGGCGAUGAGUCCCAGAAGCCCGAACCCGAGGUUGACCCCAAAACCAAGGCCAUCCAAGGUUGGUUCUCCCCCCCCAUCUCCCUGACUGCAUCCCCGAUGAGAUGCAAAGAUCCGAAAUGCGCUAAUGACGUCUCAUCUCGGAUGACUGCAGACAUCAAGACCAACUUCUCGCUCCUCGAGCGUGCCGUCGCCCAUUUCGAUCCUCGAUUUACCCUCCGUGUUCUGCGAUCGAUAUCGUCCAUGCGCAAGCACAUCAGCUCGGAUGUGCUGGCCGAAAUCAUAGUCGAGACGUAUCCCUCCUCCAACUCCACCGCAUCCUUCUUGCUCGAGGCCAUCAACCAAGCGGGUGCUUAUGGAUCGUCGAACAGCUCCAAGAUGGAAGUCGAGUCGGAGAAAACCAAGUCGACCCCCAAGGAGAUCUUGCCCGAGAUUGAUACGUACCUAUCUAUACUUGUCCAGAUCUAUCUCUACGAUAGAAAGGAGAUUCAGAAGGGUGCCCAGUUCUCGACGAAUCUGAUCGAGCGUCUGCGGACCAUCAACCGCCGCACUCUCGACUCCCUGGCCGCCCGCGUGUACUUUUACUAUUCUCUCUUCUUUGAGCAGAUUGCCCCUCUGCCCCCGUCUCCUGCCGCAACGGUCACCUCAAUCCGCCAGCCGCUGCUUGGAGCUCUGAGGACGGCUGUGCUGCGCAAGGACGUCGACACCCAAGCGACGGUGAUGACAUUGCUGCUGCGUAAUUACCUGUCCACAUCCCACAUCUCGCAGGCAGACUUGCUCAUCUCCCACAACCGCUUCCCCGCCGCUGCGUCGAACAACCAGAUUGCCCGGUACCUGUACUAUCUGGGUCGCAUCCGUGCGAUCCAGCUGCAGUACACCGAUGCUCACGGGCACUUGAUCGGUGCCACCCGGAAGUCGCCGUCGAGCCACAGUGCGCGUGGCUUCUACCAAGCUUCUCACAAGCUGCUUGUGGUGGUCGAACUUCUCAUGGGAGACAUUCCCGAUCGAGCAAUUUUCCGCCAGGCCGCCCUCGAGCGCGCGAUGCACCCGUACUUCCUACUCGUGCAGGCCGUCAGCGUGGGUGACCUGGAUGGUUUCCUGAACAUCGUCAACACUCACAGUGCCACGUUCCGGAAGGAUGCCACCUACACUCUCAUCUUGCGUCUGCGCCAGAACGUGAUCAAGACCGGUAUCCGCAUGAUGUCUCUGUCGUAUUCCCGCAUCUCCCUACGGGACAUCUGUCUCCGACUGGGACUGGACAGUGAGGAGUCGGCCGAGUACAUUGUCGCCAAAGCCAUUCGAGACGGUGUCAUCGAGGCCAGUCUGGACCACGAGCGAGGAUUCAUGAAGAGCAAGGAGGUCGGAGACAUCUACGCUACUCGGGAGCCCGGCGAGGUAUUCCACGAGCGUAUCAGAGCCUGCUUGGCUCUGCAUGACGAAAGUGUCAAGGCUAUGAGGUUUCCCAUGAACCAGCACCGUCUCGAGUUGAAGAGCGCACAGGAGGCCCGGGAGCGGGAGCGGGAGUUGGCGAAGGAGAUCCAGGAGGGAGAUAUGGAUGACGAGGAUGCCGGGGCUCGAGCCGUUUCGGCCUCCGGGCUGGUGCUGGCAGCACGAAUCCCGCCAUCGACACUGGUUUGCUGGCAAUGCCUUCGCAAUGACCUCUUCUCGAACCGAAUCAAUCUUCAGACACGCCAGUAUCAUCCCACACGCCGGAAAUCCGCCUCGCCGUUUGGGGCCGCUGUCUCCGCGGCGCAAACGAUCUUCAAGGGCCUACCAAAGGCACCGCCGGGCAUCUCGGUCGAUCCGUUGAGAAUUGUGGGAAAGGAGCUCAAGUUCUUGAGCAAAAACAUUCGCCAAUUGCUGGGAUCUGGCCAUCCCACCCUGGAUAAGGUGGCAAAGUACUACACUAAGAGCGAAGGGAAACACAUGCGCCCGAUGCUGGUGCUGCUGAUGUCCCAGGCGACAGCGUUGACUCCUCGAAAUGGCCGGGCGAACUCGGCGCCUUCUCACACUGUGAACGAGUCCAUCAGUUCCUCCACCGUGCUCGCCGACACAAAUCCCGAUCUCAAUCCACUCGCGUCGUCCUCUCUUGAAGGUCAAUACGAUUUUGCCGGCGACGAGAACAUCCUGCCUACUCAGCGACGGCUGGCCGAAAUCACCGAAUUGAUCCAUACCGCCUCCCUCCUUCACGACGACGUCAUUGACAAUGCGGUCACUCGUCGGUCCUCCAGUUCCGCCAACCUGCAGUUCGGAAACAAAAUGGCGGUGCUGGCCGGAGAUUUUCUAUUGGGUCGGGCUUCCGUCGCUCUGGCGCGGCUGAGAGACCCGGAGGUGACGGAGUUGCUGGCCACCGUUAUCGCCAAUCUCGUGGAGGGAGAGUUCAUGCAACUGAAGAACACGGCCGCCGACGAGAAGCACCCGGUUUUCACCGACGAAACCAUCUCGUACUACCUGCAGAAGACCUACUUGAAGACCGCCAGCUUGAUCAGCAAGUCGUGCCGUGCCGCUGCCCUGCUUGGUGAUGGGUCGCCCGAGGUGGUCGAAUCCGCCUACUCGUACGGACGGAACCUGGGGCUGGCCUUCCAACUUGUGGACGAUAUGCUGGAUUACUCGAUUAGCGAUGCCGAGCUGGGCAAACCUGCCGGAGCGGACCUGGAGCUGGGACUUGCAACCGCACCGCUUUUGUUUGCCUGGAAGGAGAACCCCGAGCUGGGUUCGUUGGUUGGCCGCAAGUUCAGCGGGGAGGGCGAUGUGCAACGGGCUCGUGAACUUGUUUACAAGAGCGACGGUGUCGGAAAGACCCGUGCUUUGGCCCAGGAGUAUGCCGACAAGGCCAUUGCUGCCAUCAGCGGAUUCCCCGAUAGCGAAGCGAAGGCCGGUCUCAUGCAGAUGUGCGAGAAGACGAUGAACCGACGGAAGUAA